AUGGCGGCGCCGAUUUCCUCUCAACAGUCCGCUCUACAUGAUGAUAUGCAACCGACAAGCCAUGCCACUAACAGCAGCCUCGGUGACGCCGCUGGAGCGGAAAAAGGUGAUCUCCAAGUGCCCACCGACUACCCUGAUGGAGGAGCUGCCGCUUGGGCCGUUGCGAUUGGCACUUCUGCCGUCCUCUUUUGCACUUUGGGAUAUGUCAACUCGUUUGGCGUCUAUCAGACCUACUACCAGGAACAUCAACUGAAGACGACCAGCCCUUCUACGAUUGCUUGGAUCGGAUCGCUGCAAGCAUUCUUCCAGUUUUCCGGAAGCCUUUUUGGCGGCCCAUUGUUCGAUCGAUAUGGUGCAACGGUCAUGCGGAUCCCUGCACUGCUCUAUGUCUUUUCGAUCAUGAUGACCAGCAUCUGCACAAAGUACUGGCACUUCCUCUUAGCGCAAGGCAUUUUCGGCGGCAUUUCGCUGGGAAUGACCUUUGCUCCCGCCGCCGCGGCCGUGGGCCAAUACUUCCACAAGCACCGAGGGGUCGCCAUGGGCAUCGGGAUUGCAGGGUCCUCCCUUGGGGGGGUCGUCUUUCCCAUUGCUCUGAACCAACUGCUGCGCAAGCCCAACCUGGGCUUCGGCUGGUCCGUCCGCAUCGUCGGCUUCAUAGUCUUGGCCCUGCUCGCGCCGUCCUGCCUAUUCAUCAAGGCCCGUCUUCCACCUCGAAACACGUCUUUCUUCCUGCCUCGGGCUUUCAAGGAACUGCGCUACACCAGCCUGGUGGGAUCAUCCUUCUUCCUUAUCAUGGGAUUGUUCCCUCCCAUGUUUUUCCUGCCUUCGUACGCCAUCGCGCACGGCAUGAGCUCCGAAUUGGCCUUCUACCUGGUCGCCAUCCUCAACUCGGCCUCGCUGCCCGGCCGCGUCAUUCCAGGCUUCCUCGCCGACCGAUUCGGCCGCCUCAACAUGCUGUUCCUGGCCGGCCUCAGCACCGGCAUCCUCUCUCUCUGCUGGCAGGCCUGCCACACCAACGCCGCCAUCCUGCUCUAUACCGUGCUCUUCGGCUUCUGUUCCGGAGCCAUCAUCUCCGGCCAGGUCGUCGCCUUGGCCACCGUCCCAAAAGACCCCCGGAACAUCGGCACCUACUUGGGCAUGGGCCUGGGGGCUGCCGCACUCGCCACUCUCGUCGGCCCGCCUGCCGGCGGCGCCAUGGUCAAGAACUACCACGCCUACACCCAGGUCUCCAUCUUCAGCGGCGUCGUGUGUCUGGUCGGCGCUGCCCUGGUCAUUCCGGCCAAGCUGACCGCGGGACAUGACCUGUUGUCCCGGAACUGA